AUGUCUGACGACAAGCAACUCAUUGAAGUCUUAAGCCUUAAAAAGACCUUACGACCGGCGACAAAGAUCGAUACCAAUUAUGUUAAAGAUGGAAAGUUGGUGUACGAGAUGUUCACUAGGAACAUCAAGUCUAGGGAUAUCAGUCCACGAUUAGCUGGCCAAGUAGAGGCUAUCAUUGAAGUCUCAAAUGAUAUCUUGAAGAAGCCAAAUCGGCUCUUUAGGGGAACAUUGAGAAGAAGAAAGCUCUACAAGCAAUUGGAGCUACUUGAAGGCGGGUUGCAGAAGCUCGUAGAUGGAAUUAAAGUAGCUGAUGAAGGGGCGAAGGAGGUGAAAAGACUACAGGCUGUCAAUAACGAAGAGAAAGAAACGCAUCAAAUGGAAAAAGAAGAGAAAGAAAGAGAGAUUACGGAGACUGAAAGGGAGGUGAAAAGACUACAGGCUGUCAAUAACGAAGAGAAAGAAACGCAUCAAAUGGAAAAAGAAGAGAAAGAAAGAGAGAUUACGGAGACUGAAAGGGAGGUGAAAAGACUACACGCUGUUAAUAAUGAAGAAAAAGAAAUACAUCAAAUGGAAAAUGAAGAGAAAGAAAGAAAGAUUAUGGAGACUGAAAGGGAGCUAAGAAGGAUAGAGGAUGUCCAGGCAGAGGCAAUUCGAAAGAUUACGGAGACUGAAAGAGAGCUAAGAAGGAUGGAGGGUGUUCAGGCAGAGGCAAUUCGAAAGCAAGCCAUGCAGAGAAUACUGCUCAACUACGGUGACUAUGUUGCGGAUAGAUGCCUAAGUUACAAGCAAUCUCCGCAAUGGGACCGACAAUAUUCAGCAAAGUAUUGGUCGGAAAUCCAUGAAAUCAUCGAGAAGGAGGAGGAGAUGAAGGAGAAAGCAAGAUCAUUUUUGCAAAAACCACCCUUAACACCAAUGCUGGGCCAUCUCGCAAUGGUCGCCUUAGAUCUAAAGAUACCGGUGGCCGAUAUCAUAUGGGAUAUAGCAGCAUAUACCGAGAGAAACAAGCUUUGUCACACGGACAUAGCGAUCAUGGUGAAGCAAGAAAAUUGGGUUAGACUUGCUCGACGGACCCAAAUCGAUUAUGAAAAUGUUGAUGCCCUCUUACCGGAAGAAUACAAAGACUGGGGACCACCCCUAAAAUCUGCAAUUAAGCGGUUCCAAGACAAGUACUUCUCCGAAUUAAAGAUCGAGAGCACAGGAGGAGGCGGCUUCCGAAGUGGCCUUGAAAAGAAAGAAAAAGGCAGAUGA